CCUCAAUCGUCAUAGAUCCCCGUCUCGGGACUAGCGAUUAAAAGUUGGACUCUUCCCUUUCUGACAUCGUCUUUACUCGUCGAGGACUGUAGAGGUGUCCAACGUUCGAGCACUCUGUCGACCUCUCACAAGCUAGUCUUAAUAAUGGCAUCCCAAGCCUUUAUGGCCGCAGGAUGGGUCCCAGAACCUGCCACAUCCGACGGUAUUUGGGGAGAUUCUUUCUUCAACGGAACUCAUCCUCCUCACAAUCAUGGCAAAGCUCCAGUCAUGUAAGAAUGGCUGCUCCUAGACGUGCAGGGCGGCCGAAUUGCUGAAGAAACACCUGUUUCCCGUAGCCCACGCACGAAAAUCGGCAAGAUGGACUGCCUCUUCCUCCUUCCCAUCUUCGCCGGGAUCUCCCUUCUUGUCCUGCUCGUCCAAUGCUUCGGACCCCAAACAUACCGUUUUGUCUCUCAGAAGAUCUCCAACAUGCGUGGAUACGAAGCGGUGCCGGUCGAGGAUGACGAGGAACCCGAAGCUCCUCCUGCUCCCAAGACCUACAUGCCUUCAGAAGGCUUGGCCAAGGACUUUAUGAAGCGUGUCCGGGACGUCGGAGUGGUGGCUUGGACGUUCGAUUUCUUCAGGCUCUUACUCGUCAUGACUCUGUUGGCCCUGAGCAUCUACGCCACUGUAGUUGCUCACGCUCCAGCUUUGCAUGGCCAUCCGGGGGAAAACCAGAACAAGGGUUUCGAUGAGAGCGGGACCGACAUCUUCGAAGCUCUUCGAAAGAAGGGAGGCAAGAAGCACCGCAAGAACAGAAAGGCCAAAUUUGACUUUGUCACGCAAGAAUGGAUCGAGUUUGGCACGACCGUCUUCUAUGCGUACAACCUCGUCCUGUGCGCUAUUCUCCUUGGUCUUAAAGCGGGAUCGUCAAUCAGGAAGAUCAUUUCCCUCCACCUUCACCUCAUUCUCUUUCUCGCCUGGCUGGUCUUUGCCUACAGAGAUCUUUACCCGCUUCUCACCCGCAAACUCACUCCCGUGGACGUUCUGCAUGCUCCUGCAUGGUUGACAUGGACUAGGCUUUCCCUUUUGACUGUCACUGCUGCGGUGAUACCGGCUUUACAGCCUCGACGAUACUUUGAGCUCUUAGCUCCGAGAUCGAUUAUCAACUCAAACUCGCAAUCUGACCAGAACGAAGCGCCUGUACAGCCACAGAACAGAGCCCCGUGGUUCUUAUCGAGGUUCAUCCCCGAGCGAGAAUCCAGGAUCGAGCCUCACAUUACGUUGACGUUUGCUCAGUCUGCGGACGGAAAGAUAGCAGGUCCAGGGGGAAAGCAGGUCGCGCUCAGCGGAAAGGAGAGCAUGCUCAUGACGCAUUGGAUGCGUUCGAUGCACGAUGCUAUCAUGAUUGGCAUCGGUACCGCAGCUAACGACGAUCCGCGACUGAACGUCCGCUUGUUGCCCCAAGCUUACCAAUCAGAGACCCCUCAACCUAUCGUGCUGGAUCCUCAGCUUCGACUCUCUCCGACAGCACGCAUGUUGCAAGCGCUCCAUGACGAGACGACUCCGCAUGCCAAGAACCCGUGGCUCCUUUGUCAGAAGAUUCAGGAUUGGGACCAGGAUAUCAGGAAGAGGAAAGCGGCAUUAGAGCAAGCGGGGGCUAGAAUCAUUGAACAUGAUAUGCCUGGAGGUCGCAUGGAUUUGAGCUUGCUUCCUACCCUUCUCCGUUCUCUCAACGUUCGCUCUGUCAUGGUCGAAGGUGGAGCUUCCAUCAUCGACCAAUUCCUAGUUACGACUUGCAACGAUGAAACAGGGCAGCAGCGUCCUCUGGCCGAUUGCGUAAUAGUCACGGUCGCCCCAUCAAACAUCGGCGACGAGGGUGUCGCUUACGGCGCAGGAAAAGGUCUUCAAGCUAUCAAAUCAACUUUUAAGGGGAUCUACGCCGAGAGGUUUGGUCAGGAUAGCGUUCUCGUUUUCCAGCCCUGAUCGGGCGCCUCCCCAUUUUGGAUCAGACUAUGCACCUUCUCUUCAUUUUGUAAGCGCUAUUAUAGAUGAC